AUGUAAAUUGGAAAAUAGAAUUAAUAAAAAUAAUAAGAUGAAUCUGAAAUUAUUAAAAGAAGUAAAAAUGUUGUUAGAUAAAGUUUCACUGAUAAUAUUGAUGAAAUUAUUAGAAAAUCUUAAUAAACAACCAAUACUACUGUUGCUGAUUAUAUUCCUUAAUAUAAUCCUAAUUAAGUUUCUGAAACAAUAGAAGUUGUUUAAGAAUUUGUUUAAGUUAAGAAAAAAUAUUGA